AUGUCUCCCUCGACUGAGAAGAAGGGCAAGGUCCUCCUCGCCUACUCUGGUGGUCUCGACACCUCGUGCAUCCUCGCCUGGCUCAUUGACGAGGGCUACGAGGUCGCUGCCUUCAUGGCCGAUGUCGGCCAGGAGGAGGACUUUGAGGCCGCCCGCACCAAGGCUCUCAACUGCGGUGCUUCGAGCUUCAACCUUGUUGACCUCAAGCGCGAGUUCGUCGAGGAGCUUGUCUACCCCGCCGUUCAGUGCAACGCUAUCUACGAGGGUGUCUACCUCCUCGGCACUUCGCUUGCCCGCCCCGUCAUCGCCCGCGGCAUGAUGGAGGUUGCCCACAAGGAGGGCUGUGACUUUGUCUCGCACGGCUGCACCGGCAAGGGUAACGACCAGGUCCGCUUCGAGCUUGCCUUCUACGGCCUCGACCCCAACAUCAAGGUCAUUGCUCCUUGGCGCGACCCCGUCUUCUACAACCGCUUCGCUGGUCGCUCGGCUCUCCUCGAGUACGCUGCCUCGAAGAACAUCCCUGUCACCCAGACUCAGGCCAAGCCCUGGUCGACCGACGAGAACCUCUUCCACAUCUCGUACGAGGCCGGCAUCCUUGAGGACCCCAACCAGACUCCCCCCGAUGACAUGUGGAAGCUCACCACCUCGCCCCAGAAGGCCCCCGACGCUCCCGAGCAGGUCCAAAUCGAGUUCCUCAAGGGUCUCCCCGUCAAGGUCACCUACCCCGCCACCGGCAAGGUCGUCACCGACUCGGUUGAGAUCUUCCUCUCGCUCAACGCCCUUGCCCGCAAGCACGGUGUUGGCCGUGUCGACAUUGUCGAGAACCGCUUCAUCGGUGUCAAGUCGCGUGGCUGCUACGAGUCGCCCGCCGGCACCAUCCUCCGUGUCGCCCACAUGGACCUCGAGGGCAUGACCCUUGACCGCAACGUCCGUGCUCUCCGUGACCAGUUCAUCACCAUCGAGGUCGCCAAGAUCCUCUACAACGGUUUCUGGUUCUCCCCUGAGCGCGAGUUCCUCACCGCCGCCAUCCCCGCCUCGCAGAAGACCGUCAACGGUCUCGUCCGUCUUGCCAUCUACAAGGGCAACGUCGUCGUCGAGGGCCGUGACGCCGACGAGGGUCUCUACGACGCCAAGUUCUCGUCCAUGGACGAGCUUGGUGGCUUCGAGCCCACCGCCACCUCGGGCUUCAUCGAGAUUGAGUCCAUCCGCAUCAAGGCCUGGGGCCGCGCCAACGCCAAGCGUGGCCAGGCUGGUGUUUCCCCCCAGGACGUCUACCACCGUGUUUAA